AUUCAGUCUUAUUGUUUGAGACCUCAAUCAAGAUGUCAAAAACAAUAAAUCAUCGUAAUUUUGUUAGUAGUAUUAUAUCAGUGAAGCUGUCAUUUGGAAGUAUUUUGGUGUUGUCCCUUGUUGCAACACAAAUCACCAAUACCUAUGGAAUAGAUGAUUCUGUUUGUGCGGGCAAGGAUAAUGGAUGGAAAAUCCAGGAUCCACUAGAUUGUCAUGGAUAUUUUGUUUGCCUUCAGGGUAAAGCAUAUCAGACUUAUUGUGAUCAUUAUGAAAAGUUCGAUGAAACGACAAGAACGUGUAUUGUUGGAAAGUGUCCUCCUUGUCAGAAAUGUACUGAUUGCCCUUCAACACCAGCACCUCCGACUGGUUCGUGUUAUGGCUGGGUUAAUGGACAAAUGUGGAGGGACCCGUAUGAUUGUGGAACGUAUUAUAUUUGCUCGUGGGGUGUCAUUACAACACAACAAUGUAGCUCUGGUUUGCAAUUCAACACGCUAACAAAUAAAUGUGACACUAGUGCAAAUGUCGGUUGUGGUACAGCAACUCCACCAACACCAACACCAUCGCCAGCAACACCGGGUCCAGCAACACCGGGUCCAGCAACACCAUCUCCAGCAACACCAUCUCCAGCAACACCAUCUCCAGCAACACCUUCGCCAACACCAAGCUCGUGUAUAGGUCGGCCACAUGGCGAUAUGUGGAGAGAUGCUGAUAGCUGCGAGAAGUAUUACGUUUGUUCCUGGGGUUAUAUCACCCAUCACGAUUGCCCCUCUAAUUUACAAUUCAACGAAGCCAUAAAAGCUUGUGAUUAUAAGGAAAACGUUGAUUGCAGUAAUAAAGAUCUACCAACUCCAGCUCCAGCUUGCUAUGGCCGUCCAAAUGGAGACGUAUGGCAAGACACUACUAACUGCGCUCAGUACUAUCUUUGUUCUGCGGGCUCUAUCACGCUGGAAAAAUGUGGAACAGGAUUGCUAUUUAACCCAUCAAAGAAAUCUUGCGAUUAUAGCUCUAAUGUCAACUGUGGUGGCACAACACCUUCGACACCAGCUCCUGGUGACUGUUACGGCCUUCCAAAUGGCGAUAGAUGGCAGUAUCCUAAUGACUGCUCACAGUACUAUAUUUGUUCUGCGGGUGUUAUUUCCCUGCAAAAGUGUGUAGCAGGACUGCUAUUUAAUCCAGCAAAGAAAACCUGUGAUUACAGUUCUAAUGUCAACUGUGGAACUACAACACCAUCACCAACACCUGCUCCCAGUUCGUGUUAUGGCCGUCCAAGUGGCGAUAUAUGGGAAGACACUACUAACUGUGCUCAAUAUUAUGUUUGUUCUGGGGGUAUUGUUUCCCUGCAAAAGUGUGUAAAUGGGCUGUUAUAUAAUCCAACCAAAAAAACUUGUGAUUACAGUUCUAAUGUUAACUGUGGUGGCACAACACCAGCACCUAUUACUUGUUACGGCCGUCCAAAUGGAGAUAUAUGGCAGGACAUUUAUAACUGUGCUCAGUACUAUAUUUGUUCUGGUGGAGUUAUUUCCCUGCAAAAGUGUGCAACAGGAUUGCUAUUUAAUCCAGUCAGAAACACUUGCGAUUAUAGUUCUAAUGUUAACUGUGGUGGCACAACACCUGCACCUUCGACACCAGCACCUGCGACACCAGCUCCUACAACACCAGCUCCCAAUUCCUGUUACGGCCGUCCAAAUGGAGAUGUAUGGCAGGACAUUAAUAACUGUGCUCAGUAUUAUGUUUGUAUCGGUGGUGUUAUUACCCUGCAAAAGUGUGGAACGGGAUUGCUAUUCAAUCCAGCUAAAAACACUUGCGAUUAUAGCUCUAACGUCAACUGUGGUGGCACAACACCUGCACCUUCGACACCAGCACCUGCGACACCAGCUCCUACAACACCAGCUCCCAAUUCCUGUUACGGCCGUCCAAAUGGAGAUGUAUGGCAGGACAUUAAUAACUGUGCUCAGUAUUAUGUUUGUAUCGGUGGUGUUAUUACCCUGCAAAAGUGUGGAACGGGAUUGCUAUUCAAUCCAGCUAAAAACACUUGCGAUUAUAGCUCUAACGUCAACUGUGGUGGCACAACACCUGCACCAUCGACACCAGCUCCUAGUUCUUGUUAUGGCCGUCCAAAUGGAGAUGUAUGGCAGGACACUACUAACUGCGCUCAGUACUAUCUUUGUUCUGGUGGAAUUAUUUCCCUGCAAAAGUGUGUUUCAGGUUUGCUGUUUAAUCCAGCCAAAAACACAUGUGAUUACAGCUCUAACGUCAACUGUGGUGGCACAACACCCGCACCUUCAACACCAGCUCCCAAUUCCUGCUACGGCCGUCCAAAUGGAGAUGUUUGGCAGGAUAUUACUAACUGCGCUCAAUACUAUAUUUGCUCUGGGGGCAUUAUUUCCCUGCAAAAGUGUGGAACAGGACUGCUAUUUAAUCCAGCCAAAAACACUUGUGAUUACAGCUCUAAUGUAAACUGUGGUGGCACAACACCUGCACCCUCGACACCAGCUCCUAGUUCUUGUUAUGGGCGCCCUAAUGGAGAUGUUUGGCAGGACACUACUAACUGCGCUCAGUACUAUAUUUGUUCUGGGGGUAUUAUUUCCCUGCAAAAGUGUGGAACAGGUUUGUUGUUCAAUCCAGCCAAAAACACAUGCGAUUACAGCUCUAAUGUAAACUGUGGUGGCACAACACCUUCGACACCAUCACCUGCAACUCCAGCUCCCAGUUCCUGUUUCGGCCGUCCUAAUGGUGAUAUAUGGAAGGACUCUUACAACUGCGCCCUGUACUAUGUUUGUUCCGGAGGUGUUAUCAGACAGUACGCAUGCGGAACAGGCUUACUAUUCAACCCACUUAAAGGCUCUUGUGAUCUGAGCUCUAACGUUAAUUGUAAUUCAAACAGUGAAUGCGAUGGCAAAACUGAACGUUACGCCUUCAAAGAUCCUACCGAUUGUUCCAAAUACUACAUUUGCACGGGAGGAAUGAAACUUCCUGCUACAUGCCGAUCUGGAUACUAUUUCGACUCAAAUCUAAUGGGUUGCGUACCCAGUGACCGAGUUCAAUGUGAUACAAAUCCUUCAACACCUGCUCCAACACCAUCGACUCCAACACCUUGCACAACAUGUAGUAACCUAUGCGAAAGUGAAGUUGGCUAUGUUCUAUUCCGAGAUCCAACUAAUUGCGCUAAAGUUAUUAUUUGCAACAAAAAAGUCCCCAUAACCUAUUUGUGUCCAGCUGGAAAGUAUUUCGAUUUGAAUAUUGGAGCUUGCAUGGCAUCAAGUACAGUUGAUUGUAAUGCUAUAGCAACUCCAGCUCCUCCGACAGCAAAUCCUCCAUCUCAAACGUGCUCAGGUGAUACAACAUAUUCAAUUUAUCGAGAUCCAUAUAAUUGCGGCAGAGUGACAAUUUGUGUUCGAGGAAAAACAUCAACAUAUGACUGUCCAACUGGUAAAUAUUACGAUUUGACAAUAAAUGCGUGUCGUACGGCAAGUUUAGUGGAUUGUAGGAGUGGUAAUGUGCCAACACCAGCUCCAACACCUGGAGUAACUUCGACACCAACUCCAGAUAAUCCAUUUAAUCCCUGUGAUGCAUUAACUGGUUAUGCAUUGUUUAGAGAUCCAGCAAAUUGCGCUAGAGUUUUCAUUUGGGAAAAGGGUGUUUUGAGAGCUUAUGAGUGUCCAGUGGGAAAACAAUUCGACUUGAGAACUAGUUCUUGCAUGAAUACAGGUUUAGUGGAUUGUUCUGGAAGUAUGGCAAUUACUCCUUCAUGGUCGAAUGUUACGCCAGCGCCAACACCUUCGCUAACAGUUGCGCCAACACCAGCGCCAACACCAGCGCCAACACCUGCUCCAACACCAUCAAAUGUAACAGUUAAGGAUGGUCAAGUUGAUCCAAAUAUUAAAGAUUGUUAUGGAAAAGCCAACGGAUCACUAUUCCGUAGUGUAUCACACUGCAGAGUCUAUUACACUUGUCGCAAUGGUCAAGCAGUCAAAUCUUCAUGUCCAAGUGGUCAGUGGUUCGAUGAUGUUGCUUAUGUUUGUAACUUUAGCGGAUUGGUAAACUGUGGGGCAAGAACAGAUUUGAUUGAGGGAAAUAAAUUUAGUCUUACUAUUUGCAACUUCGACAUGGUGUCGAAAAAAAAUUGUCAGAAAAUUCCUUGCGGAAUUAUAUUGGUGUUGGCUGUUGUUUUAACACAAAUCAACAAUACCAAUGCAUUGGAUGAUUCUGUUUGUAUUGGCAAACAAAACGGAUGGAAAAUUCAGGAUCCACUAGAUUGUCAUGGAUAUUUCGUUUGCUUUGACAAUAAAGCAUAUCAAUCUUAUUGUGAUCAUUACGAAAAGUUCGAUGAAACAAUUAGAGCGUGUAUUGUUGGAAAGUGUCCUCCUUGUCAAAAAUGCCAGGACUGUCCUUCAACACCAGCUACUCCAACUCCAGCACCUUCAACACCAGCAACUCCGACUCCAACACCUUCAACACCAGCUCCUCCAACACCAGCUCCACCGACACCGGCACCUCCAGCAACAGCUCCUUGUUCAUGUUUAGGCCGGCCACAUGGAGACAUGUGGAGAAAUCCCAAUAAUUGUGGACAGUUUUACGUUUGCUCCUGGGGUGUUUUGACAUUGCACAAUUGCCCUCCUAAUUUACAUUUUAAUGAACAAAUAAAAACCUGCGAUUACAAAGAAAAUGUAAACUGCAAUUCAGAUACUCCAACUCCAUCACCAACUCCUGCGACACCGGCACCUCCAACACCAGCACCUCCGACGCCAGCCCCUCCAACACCAGCUCCGCCAACACCAGCUCCACCAACACCAGCACCUCCAACACCAGCUCCUCCAACGCCAGCUCCACCAACACCAGCACCUCCAACACCAGCACCUCCAACACCAUCACCUUCAACACCAGCACCUCCUACACCGGCUCCAGGUUCUUGUGACGGGCGCCCACAUGGAGCGAUGUGGAGAAAUCCAAACAAUUGUGGACAAUUUUACGUUUGUUCUUGGACUGUUGUGACACUACAUGACUGCCCCGGUAAUUUACAAUUUAACGAAAAACUAAAAGUCUGUGAUUACAAAGAAAACGUGAAGUGCAGUUCAGAUACAUCAACUCCGUCACCAACCCCUGCGACACCAGCUCCUCCAACACCAGCUCCGCCAACACCAGCACCUCCAACACCAGCUCCGCCAACACCAGCACCUCCAACACCAGCACCUCCAACACCAGCUCCACCAACACCAGCUCCACCAACACCAGCUCCGCCAACACCAGCACCUCCAACACCAGCUCCUCCAACACCAGCUCCGCCAACACCAGCACCUCCAACACCAGCUCCGCCAACACCAGCACCUCCAACACCAGCUCCACCAACACCAGCUCCACCAACACCAGCACCCCCAACACCAGCACCUCCAACACCAUCACCUCCAACACCAGCACCUCAUACACCGGCUCCAGGUUCUUGUGACGGGCGCCCACAUGGAGCGAUGUGGAGAAAUCCAAACAAUUGUGAACAAUUUUACGUUUGUUCUUGGACUGUUGUGACACUACAUGACUGCCCCGGUAAUUUACAAUUUAACGAAAAACUAAAAGUCUGUGAUUACAAAGAAAACGUGAAGUGCAGUUCAGAUACAUCAACUCCGUCACCAACCCCUGCGACACCAGCACCUCCAACACCAGCACCUCCAACACCAGCUCCUACAACACCAGCUCCUACAACACCAGCUCCUACAACACCAGCUCCUACAACACCAGCUCCUACAACACCAGCUCCUACAACACCUGCUCCUACAACACCUGCUCCUACAACACCUGCUCCAACACCAGCUACAACAACAGUUAAGGACGGCCAAGUUGAUUUAAGUGUUAAGGAUUGUUAUGGAAAACCUAACGGAACACGCUUCCGUAGUCUCAUCCAUUGCCGAGUCUACUACCAAUGCCGCAAUAGCCAAGCUGUUAAAUCUAGUUGCCCAGCAGGUCAAUGGUUCGAUGAUCAGGCAUAUGUUUGUAACUUUAAACAAAUGGUUAACUGUCCAGCAGAUGUUGAUUGAUUUAAAUGUCAGUUAAUUUCUUGAAAUAAAUACAAAAAAAAAAAAA